AUGAAUAUCAUUCUUUGUGUUCUGCUUCUAAAUGGCGUUAUUCGUCAAUGCCAAAGUGACCAGAACACCAAGCCACUGAUUGACUACUACGGUCUCUUCGAAAAGAGUACUACCAAAAAUCUGAUGCAAGCUAGUAGAGCUGAAAUAGAGAAACUAGUCCGUUUUUUCCUGGCAAGUCACGACCUGACCACGGACGAUAUUUACACGUUGGGUAGGAUAUUGACACAGAAGAAAGAGAGAAAGCCGACGAUUCUACUAGAAGCGGAAGUAUGGGCAAAACAGCAUAAUGUUACGCAAUGGUUCGACGUGAUCACAGCUGAUCUGCGAAAAUACUGGCAAAUGCAGGAAAUGGUAAUAAAUGCGCUCAUUGAGGGAGUGAACACGUUCAAAAAACGAUACGAAAGUGUCAUCAGCAAGAUGCAGCCGACCGGUACUCACGAGAAACCCAAAUUUGAGCAUUUGAUCGACAUGCGACUUGCGCAUGAGCGUGCUUUCCGUGAGUUCCUCAGAGAGCGGCAGUUCGAGCGUCUCAAAGAGAAAGCCGACGAGAUCGCUAGAUUCUACCAUAUGGCUAAACACAUCUGGAGGGGUAAACAUCAAGAAACAAAAAAUGUCAAGGCUCUUCGUAAGAUAUUCAGUGACGAAGAUUUCUAUCGAAUCAAGGUGAAGACUUCCGUCUUGGAAAAACUGUAUCGGCUUUACCGUAGGCAUCACCGUAUUGGAAAAUCAAUUCUUCCCAAGGCUCGUGUCCCCAAGAAAAGAAGAGCAGAUGCAGCAGCAAAGCGAGCAAAAAAACCAGUUGUCUAG